CAUUAUUAUUUCUGCCUGCCCCCCUCUCUCCUCUCCUCUCUCACUCUCUUUAUCUAUUUCCAUCUGCAUUUGCAUCGCUCGCCUUUCGCAUUGCAGCCUCUCAAAACAGCCAAACCGAACCCCAAAAGCUCGCCAAGAAACGCAGAAAGGAGCGAAGCAAACCAAGCAGCAGCAGCAGUAGAAGAAGAAGAAGAAGCGAGGAGCUGAGCCAGCUAGCUAGCAAUGGCAGCGGACCUGGGCUUCGACGCGACCGAGCUCCGGCUCGGCCUGCCCGGCGGCGGCGAGGGGGAGGCGAGGAGCUCCUCCGGCAAGAGGGGCUUCGCCGAGACCAUCGACCUGAAGCUGAAGCUGGAGCCGGCCGGCGAGGAGGCGCCGGCCGAGGAGGAUCGGGCCGACGUGGCCGUGGUCGCCGCCGCGGCGGCAGAGAACCAGGAGGAGACGGCGACGGACGCCGGCGGGGGGAAGAUGAAGAGGUCGCCGAGCCAGAGCAGCGUCGUCACCUCCGCCGCGCUGCCCGACCCCGCCGAGAAGCCGCGCGCGCCCAAGGCGCAGGUGGUGGGGUGGCCUCCGGUCCGGUCGUUCCGGAAGAACAUCCUGGCGGAGAAGUCGUCGCCGGCGGCGGCGGCGGCGUUCGUCAAGGUGAGCAUGGACGGCGCGCCCUACCUGCGCAAGGUGGACCUCAACAUGUACAAGACCUACCAGGACCUCUCCAAGGCCCUCGAGAAGAUGUUCAGCUCCUUCACCAUCGGAAACUGUGGAACUCCAGGGAUGAACGCCAUGAACGAAAGCAAGCUGAUGGAUCUGCUCAAUGGAUCCGAGUAUGUUCCGACGUACGAGGACAAGGACGGCGACUGGAUGCUCGUCGGCGACGUCCCGUGGGAGAUGUUCGUCGAGUCAUGCAAGCGCCUUCGGAUAAUGAAGGGAUCAGAAGCUAUUGGCCUUGCACCAAGGGCGAUGGAGAAAUGCAAGAACAGGAGCUGAGGAGAGGGUGUACUAAAUGUUAUGCAAGAAUCAAAAUACCUAUAACCUUGCUUGCUCAUCCCUGUAUCAUAUUCUCUGUCUUAAGUCUAAGUCUGUAUCUCCUGAUCAGUGAAGUCAUUUUGGUUUGUGAUCUUCUCUUUUCCAGUCAGUCAGUCCCAAGUCUCAUCUUGUUAUAUACAUAAGAAAGAAGAAGCCAAGAACAUGUGAGAUGUAUCUGUACCUGUCUGCCACAUAAUUGUGUCUUUUCUUUUUUGCUCUGCUUGUUCUUCCUUUUUUUUUUCUCUUCUUAUGUCUCUUCUUGGCACAAAAUGCAAAGGCACCCUAUUUUUCCUCUUGCGGUUUGUCCAUCAAAAGUUGUUUAAUUAUCAGCAUGGUGUGACUGUCAACAGAACAUAUAUUUAUUGCAAGGUGUUAAAUGUUAAUUGUAUUGUAUUA